AUGGCUGCUGGUCAGGCAGCAGGAUCCAGGCUGGGACUGUCUGUAGAGAUCCGUGCUGCCAGGGGAGACUGGAUGGGAGAUCCGGAGAGCCAGGUAUCCUUCUGGGCUGUGCAGGGCGGUGCCGUCCUUCCAACAGAUAAGAAGUUUUCCUGUACUGAGUGUGGGAGGUGUUUCUGUUUUAAAUCCCAACUUAUUGUGCACAAAAGAACUCACACGGGGGAAAAGCCGUAUUCCUGUCCUGAGUGUGGGAAAUGUUUUUCACGGAAGUCCUAUCUUUACACACAUCAGAGAUCUCACACGGGGGAGAAGCCGUAUUCCUGUCCUGAGUGUGGGAAAUGUUUUUCAGAUAAGUCCACUCUUAAACUACAUCAGAGAUUGCACACGGAGGAGAAGCCGUAUUCCUGUCCUGAGUGCGGGAAAUGUUUUUCACAAAAGUCACAUCUUAACACACAUCAGAAAUCUCACACGGGAGAGAAACAAUAUUCUUGUACUGAGUGCAGGAAAUGUUUUUCAGUGAUGUCCAAUCUUAAACUACAUCAGAGGUCUCACACAGGGGAAAAGCCGUAUUCCUGUCCUGAGUGCGGGAAAUGUUUUUCAGACAAGUCAGAUCUUAAACUACAUCAGAGAUUGCACACAGGAGAGAAGCCAUAUUCCUGUCCUGAAUGCGGGAAAUGUUUUUCACGGAAGUCAUAUCUUUCCGCACAUCAGAGAUCUCACACAGGAGAGAAGCCGUAUUCCUGUCCUGAGUGCGGGAAAUGUUUUCCCCAAAAGUCACAUCUUUACAGACAUCAGAGAUCUCACACAGGGGAAAAGCCGUAUUCCUGUCCUGAGUGCGGGAAAUGUUUUUCACAUAAGUCAAAUCUUUACACACAUCAAAGGUCUCACACGGGGGAGAAGCCGUAUUCCUGUCCUGAGUGCGGGAAAUGUUUUGCAGAUAAGUCCAGUCUUUCCACACAUCAGAGAUCUCACACGGGGGAGAAGCCGUAUUCCUGUCCUGAGUGUGGGAAAUGUUUUUCACGGAAGUCCCAUCUUUCCACACAUCAGAGAUCUCACACAGGGGAGAAACCUUUUUCCUGUUCUGAGUGCGGGAAAUGUUGUGUAACAAAAGCAGAUCUUUCUAAGCAUCAAAGGUCUCACACGGGGGAGAGGCCGUAUUCCUGUGCUGAGUGCGGGAUAUGUUUUUCAGUGGCGUCCAGUAUUUACAGACAUCAGAGAUCUCACACGGGGGAGAAGCCUUUUUCCUGUUCUGAGUGCGGGAAAUGUUUUUUACAGAAGUCCCAUCUUUCCAGACAUCAAAGAUCUCACACGGGGGAAAAGCCGUAUUCCUGUCCUGAGUGCGCAAAAUGUUUUUCAGAGAAGUCCAGUCUUUCUACACAUCAGAGAUCUCACACGGGGGAGAAGCCGUAUUCCUGUCCUGAGUGCGGGAAAUGUUUUUCAGUGAAGUCCAAUCUUUCCACACAUCAGAGAUCUCACACAGGGGAGAAGCCGUAUUCCUGUCCUGAGUGUGGGAAAUGUUUUUCAGAGAAGUCCAAUCUUUCCACACAUCAGAGAUCUCACACAGGGGAGAAGACAUUUUCCUGUCCUGAGUGCGGGAAAUGUUUUUCACAUAAGUCAAAUCUUUACACACAUCAGAGAUCUCACACGGGGGAGAAGCCGUAUUCCUGUCCUGAGUGCGGGAAAUGUUUUUCAGAUAAGUCCAGUCUUUCCACACAUCAGAGAUCUCACACGGGGGAAAAGCCGUACUCCUGUCCUGAGUGUGGGAAAUGUUUUUCACGGAAGUCCCAUCUUUCCAGACAUCAAAGAUCUCACACGGGGGAAAAUCCGUAUUCCUGUCCUGAGUGUGGGAAAUGUUUUUCACGGAAGUCCCAUCUUUCCACACAUCAGAGAUCUCACACAGGGGAGAAGCCUUUUUCCUGUUCUGAGUGCGGGAAAUGUUUUUCAGUGAAGUCCAGUCUUUCCACACAUCAGAGAUCUCACACGGGGGAAAAGCCGUAUUCCUGUCCUGAGUGCCGGAAAUGUUUCUCACGGAAGUCCCAUCUUUCCACACAUCAGAGAUCUCACACGGGGGAAAAGACGUAUUCCUGUCCUGAGUGCCGGAAAUGUUUUUCAGUGAAGUCCAGUCUUUCCACACAUCAGAGAUCUCACACGGGGGAGAAGCCGUAUUCCUGUCCUGAGUGCGGGAAAUGUUUCUCACGGAAGUCCCAUCUUUACACACAUCAGAGAUCUCACACGGGGGAGAAGACACUUUCCUAUCCUAAGUGA